AUGGAAUCUUUCUACAGACCCCCGGAACAACUUGUUCUUGAUGGUAACAUUUCCGAGAAUUGGAAAAGGUUUCAACAAAAAUUCGACGUGUUCUUAGAAGCCACGGAUCUAAAAACUAAAGAUGAGUCGAAGAAAAUUGCCGUUUUCUUGAAUUUAAUAGGCGAUCAUGGAUUGGAAUUACACAAUAGUUUCACUUAUACAGAUCAAGAAAGAAAAUCCUUGAAUUCGAUAAUGCAAAAAUUCACUGAAUAUUGCUCUCCUAGAACCAACGAAAUAUUUGAAAGGUAUAAGUUCAAUAGUAUAUCUCAAAAGGAAGGUCAAGGAUUUGACAGUUUUUUGACAGACCUGAGAAAAGCUGUUAAAACGACAGGCUACAAAGAUCAAAAUGAAAUGAUCAGAGACAGAAUCGUCAUGGGAAUUCUAGAUAAAACAACACAGGAAAGAUUGUUGAGGGAAUCACAAUUAACCCUAACGAAAGCUAUUGAAUUUUGCAGAGCUAUAGAAAUAAGCAAACAGCAAUCGAAGACAAUGCAGGAAUCAAGCACAGAUGUCCAAGUUGAUGCAGUGAAGCAUAAUAAACAUAAUCAGUCAAUGCAAAGCUGCAAAUAUUGUGGAUACAAACAUGAUACAAAGAAGAAAUGCCCAGCCUUAGGAAAAACUUGUGCCAUUUGCCAAGGAAGGAACCAUUUCGCAUCUGUUUGUAGAAACAAAGGAAAGAAGAAUCAAACUAGAAAAGGAAACGAGACAUCUGAGAGAAGGAAGAAAGUUGAUGACGUACAGAAGAAAGAAGAUAGAACAGACCAAGAAGACAGUGAUAGUGAUGAGUUUUUCGUUGAUUCAGUGAAAUCAGUUGGUGCUGUAGGUGUAAACAAGGAAGAAGAUACAAUGUGGAAACAGAAACUUAUUGUUGAUGGAAAAGAAAUUGAAUUUAAAUUAGACACUGGUGCUGAAGUAAGUAUUCUUCCAGCAUAUGUACUUGAUCGUUGCAAAAUUUUGAAAGUGAAAGUUAAACCUACGAAAGUAACUUUAGUAGCAUAUGGUAGUGAUAAAUUCAAAAUAAGGCCAAUAGGAGAAAUUUCUUUAGAAUGUAGUUGUAAGAACAGAAAUGCAAUUGUUGAUUUCAUUGUAGUCGAUUGUAAAAAUCAAGUUCCAUUACUCGGUUUAGCUGGUUGUAUGGCAUUGAAAUUAAUCAGACGAGUUGAUAAUGUGGUAAAAAAUGUUAAUACAAAUUUCAGAUCACUCGAGGAAUUAAAGUCCAAGUAUCCUCAGGUGUUCAAAGGUUUAGGUAGAUUUCCGAAUGAUUAUCAUAUAACGUUGAAAGAUAAUGCAGUACCUACAAUUUCACCAAUCAGACGUGUGCCACAAACUUUAAGAAAUAAAUUAAAAAAUAAACUUGAUGAUAUGUGCAGAUUAGGUGUUAUAAAGAAGGUUGACAAACCAACGUCAUUUUUACAUCCACUAGUAAUUGUAGAAAAACCUAAUGGUGAUAUAAGAUUGUGUCUUGAUCCAAAAAGUUUGAAUGAAAGCAUCAAACGCGAACACUUUCUUAUACCAUCUCUUGAAGAAAUUUCAUACAAAUUAAGUAACAAAAGAUUCUUUACCGUUCUUGAUAUGAAGGAUGGGUAUUGGCAGAUUGCUUUAGAUGAGGCAAGCUGUGAUUUGUGCACCUUUGGUACGCCUUUUGGAAAGUAUCAAUUCACUGGAUUGGCAUUUGGUAUUAAUUCGGCGCCAGAAGCAUUCCAAAAGAAAAACUAUGAGGUAUUUGGUGAUAUUGAUGGUGUUGGAUUAUAUUUUGAUGACCUGAUCAUAACAGGCGAAACAGAAGCUGAACAUGACAAAAAUUUAAAAGAAGUUCUUGAUAGAGCUGUUAAAUAUAAUUUAAAAUUUAAUUUUUCCAAAAUUCAGUUCAAAAAGGAUAAUGUCAGAUAUAUGGGUCAAAUAUUUUCUAAGAAAGGAAUCUCUACUAAUAAAAGUUAUACAGAUGCCAUUAUUAAAAUGCCGAAUCCCCAAAAUAAAACUCAGUUGUUAAGAUUUUUAGGCAUGCAUGGUUAA